UGUCCUGUGCUGCGCUGCCUUUCGACACAUCCAUCUGUUUGGCUGUCUGGUGUGCCGUAGAUCAGAUCGGGCCAUGAGGACGAAAUUCCAGGCGAUACUCGCUGUGGCCGGGCUUACCUCUCAUGCCGCGGCCUUCGUUCCCGUGCCUGCCUCGUGGUCGAGGCCGUCGGCCGUGGCUGCAGCAUCCUCGACGUCAGCUGAUAAAAGUCACUCGAAGACGAAUCGCGCAAGCUUGGCCAUGAAGAAGGAGCCUGCUGCUGGUGCUGGAGGUGGCAAGGCGGGAGCGAAGGGCGCAGCGGACGAGGCCAUCGACCCCAGGCGGCAGGCCCUGGACGGGGUGCUGCACCAGAUCGAGCGCUGCUAUGGGAGGGGGAGUAUUCUCAAGAUGGGCGACACCACCUCCAUGGACAUCGAGACUUCGUCAACAGGGUCUAUGACCUUGGACAUUGCCCUUGGUGGCGGCUACCCCAGGGGGCGCGUGGUGGAGAUCUACGGCCCGGAGAGCUCGGGCAAGACCACCCUAGCCCUGCACGCUCUCGCCGAGAUCCAGAAGACGGGGGGAGUGGCAGCCUUCAUCGACGCGGAGCAUGCGCUCGACCCGGCGUACGCGGAGAGGCUCGGGGUUGACGUGGCGGACCUGCUCGUCUCGCAGCCGGACUCAGGCGAGAUGGCCCUGGAUGUCGUUGAUCAGCUGGUGCGUUCGAACGCCGUCGACAUGGUAGUGGUUGACAGCGUGGCGGCGCUCGUGCCCCGAGCUGAGCUUGAGGGGGAGAUGGCCGACAUGCAGAUGGGGCUCCAGGCUCGCCUCAUGAGCAAGGCCAUGAGGAAGGUUACCGGUUCUCUCUCCAAGUCGCAGUGCACGGUUGUCUUCCUAAACCAGCUUCGCUCCAAGAUCGGGGUAAUCUACGGCAGCCCGGAGGUUACGAGCGGCGGGAACGCGCUCAAGUACUACUCCAGCGUCCGGCUAGACGUCCGACGCAAGGAGUCUCUUCGCGACAACGCCGGCAUCACCGUCAAAGUCAAGGUGGCGAAGAACAAGAUAGCGCCGCCAUUCCGAGUGGUGGAGAUGGACAUCCUGUUCGGCACUGGCAUUGACACGGUCAGCUGCCUGCUCGACGCGGCGGAGGACGCGGGUUUCUUCACUCGCAAGGGCUCGUGGUACAGCUACGAGGGCAAGAACGUCUCCCAGGGUCGCUUGAACACGGUGGCACACCUUAAGGAGAACCAGGCGUUGAGGGAGACGUUGCAAGGCCAGGUCCGUGCUCAUCUGCUGGAGGAGGCGAUCAAAGACCGCGAAGGCGGAGUGAAAGACACCCCCAUCACGGACCUCGAGGAUGACGUGUUUACGUCGUCGGCAGACGAGGGAGCCGCGGCAGCGGCCCCUGCCCCAAAGCCUCGCCGCCGGACGGCGGGUUCUGUUGAGGAGACCUUGGGCGUGUAAUUCAAUUAGUCUAGUAUGUGGCUUCACGUUUUACGGAGUGUUGCUUGCUGUCUUGAUUAAGUUGGCACGGCUGGUAGGUGUGAGGGGGCGGGCGGGGGCUUGGGCAGCUGGGAAGAAAAUUAAGAAGGCCGGGAAGCGUUGCGUACGUGGUGCAGUGUUACCGUGGCCGCUGACAGUCAUGUGUUGAUAUUCUAGCUUUUUCGUCCCUUUUGGCGUGUGAACCCCCAUGUCUCUGCCAGCUGGCAGGUCUUCCGAACAUUCCCUGCUGGUCUUAAAUGGCGGCCGGCGAAGGUUGAAGCGAGGCCACACGAAAUAUCGCAUCCCCUUUUUUUCCCCGGGUACAGCUGCGGCCUGGUAUCAUCCACCGCCGCCUGUGGUGGUUCUUGUUGGUAGUGUUGUUGGUAUGCUAACGUAGUGCCUUUUUGUGUCGGAGGUGGAAAUUUGUGUUGUGGAAAGAAGUAGAGAGCUUGUCCCUUGUUUUUUUCUCUGAGCUACGAUGGUAUGUAGGACGGUGAACUUCGUUUGAAGGUUUGUGAAUAGUUGGAGGAAAUUAUGUGUUAUGCUAUUGUUUUGGACGUAACGAAUCCCGCCCCACAAUGGUUGUUCACCUCUCCGUAUCGUGACUCUGUAAUUUGCACUGUUUAACCAAGGAGGGCGAACAAUGCUGCUGGCGAAGAGACCACGGUUGGGGUAUGGUUCCACAGACGUCUUUAUGAAGUCCUUCUGUAGCUCGCACCUGCUGCAGCUGCCGAAAAGUAAACGCCGCUCCUUCCAAACGUGUCCCC